AAAACAAACAAAACUAUUUUCUAGCUCUCCCUUUCCCCGUUGACGCUUGCCUCGUUCCUCCGCAAAGGCGGCAACUUUCUCUUGUUUCAGGGCAAUGAGCCACCGGAAGCACCGCCGCCAUAGCGGUGGCGAGAGCAACAAGCAAGCCCAGAUCCCAAAUCCAAGUUCCGCCAUUUCAGAGAUUGUCUGGUUUUACCUUGCCGCCGCUUGUUUUAAGAUCCUCUUGGUCCCGGCAUACCACAGCACUGAUUUUGAGGUCCAUCGCAAUUGGCUCGCCAUUACCCACUCUCUCCCUCUUUCCCAAUGGUACACUGACGAGACUAGCCCCUGGACUCUCGACUACCCGCCGCUAUUCGCCCACUUCGAGCGCUUUCUCUCCUUCUUCGCCCCCUUUUUCGACCCUAUAAUGCUCGACCUCCGCCGCGGACUCAACCACAAGUCCCCCGCCACUAUCCUCUUCCAAAGACUCACUGUCAUCCUCUCCGAUGCCGUUUUGGUGUACGCAGUUUAUCGGCUGACCCGAAAAUUGGAGCUCAAAGAGCGGAUCUUGAUCUGGGUCUUAGUUGUUUGGUCGCCUGGGUUGAUCAUUGUGGACCAUUUGCAUUUUCAGUACAAUGGGUUUCUCUUGGGGCUGCUUCUGCUCUCCCUUUCGGCUUUAGAGGAAGGGAGGGACUUGCUUGGAGGGUUCUUGUUCGCCAUUUUGCUUUGCUUUAAGCAUUUAUUUGCAGUGGCUGCGCCUGUUUAUUUUGUGUAUUUGUUGAGGCACUAUUGCAGGGGUGGGCUGUUUAAGGGGUUUGGGAGACUGGUAUUGAUGGGGAGUGUGGUUGUGGCUGUUUUUGCUGUAGCUUUUGGACCUUUCCUGUACUAUGGACAGAUACAGCAAGUCCUUCGCCGCAUGUUUCCUUUUGGUAGGGGACUCUGUCAUGCAUAUUGGGCUCCGAAUUUCUGGGUGUUUUAUAUAAUUCUUGAUAAAGUUCUUGCGUUUGUACUUGUGAAACUCGGUUUCAACAUCCAGGCGCCAGCUGCUUCAUUCACUGGUGGGUUGGUCGGAGAUUCCUCUCCUUUUGCUGUACUACCCACGGUGACUCCUUUAAUGACCUUAGGAAUGGUCUUGCUGGCACUUGUUCCUUGUCUUCUAAAGGCUUGGAAAAAUCCCAAACCCGGAAUGAUAACUAGAUGGGUAGCCUAUGCUUAUUCGUGUGGCUUUCUGUUCGGGUGGCAUGUUCAUGAGAAAGCAUCACUUCACUUUGUGAUACCUCUGGCUGUUGUUGCCUUGAAAAGUGUUGAAGAUGCAAAGCAUUAUUUCUUCUUGUCAAUAGUUUCUUGCUAUUCGCUUUUCCCUCUCCUAUUUGAAGCUCAAGAAUAUCCUAUCAAGGUUUUGCUACUGCUUUUGAACGCUGUUCUUAUGUGGUUGGGAUUUUCCUCUCACUUCUCCAACAACGCUCCAAAACGAGCUACACAGAGGAGAGAAGGCGACGAAGUGGAAACUUCUGGUGCUUCGAGGAAUGAAGGUUUCCUCGUUGGAUUUUUGGGAAAGACUUAUCUGUUGGGGCUUUUGGCUGUUGAGACAUGGGGACUACUUCUCCAUCCUCUCAUCCUCGGUGAGAAGCUUCCUUUCUUACCCCUUAUGAUGAUCUCCAUAUACUGCUCCCUUGGAAUCGCGUAUUCUUGGAUCUGGCAAGUUCGACGCAUUAUCCAGUCGAAUUGACUUUUAUCGAUGAUCAAAAUGUGCGAUUUCUUGCUUGCUGAGUUAUGAUUUGACUGUAGAUAGGAUGCUAAUCCAAAGAAAAGGACUUUUUGUAAUGCCUCUUUUUGCAGAAUGUUUUGUGAACAAUUUUGUUGAGUUUUAAGAUAUGUGGGGAUGGUUGCCUAGAGCCCAUUCUGCCAUGAAAUUUCAUUC